AUGUGCAAAGGAUUCGGAUCAACCUUGAUCGGCCCUGCUCUCCAGUGGUAUAACACCCUGCCUACCAAAUCCCUCAAAUCCUUUGCAGCCCUUAGCGAUAAGUUCGUAGAGCAGUUCGCCAGCAGCCGUGACCUAGAGAAGAACUCAGAUGAUCUCUAUGAGAUCCUCCAGCACAGGAAUGAGCCCCUUCGUUCCUACAUAGCGCGCUUCAACCAAGCGAAGGUGGCUAUCCCUGAGUGCAAUGCUGAUACGGCUAUCUCAGCCUUUAAGAGGGGUCUACUUCCGGAGGGAGAUCUUUACAAAGAGCUGAUCAAAUACAAGUGCAAGAUUAUGGAAGACGUACUGUCUCGUGCUUGGGCUCAAGUAAGGUGGGAAGAAGACUUUGCUAGUAGGGCCAAAGCCGGUCCGAAGUAUGAUCAGAAGUCAUCAAAGCCUACUAGGAGCGACCGCGAUGAGCCCUCUCACCCCAAGUCCGCUAGGGAGACUAGUAACCCGAACAGGGACAUGUACCAGCAUCGACCUUUGCCUAGAUCCGAAGGAAUGAUGGUGUCUACUUGGCCUGACAUCUCCCAUCUUGCGAUAUCCAAACCGGAACUGAUCGGCGUCCUGCGACAAAUGGGACCUCAAGUCAAGUGGCCUCCUAAGAUGAAGGCCGCAGAGGCUAAUCGAAACCCCAAGCGAUGGUGCGAGUUUCAUAGUUAUCACGGUCACACUACGGAGGACUGUAUAGCCCUGAAGAUGGAAGUCACCGAGCUCCUCAAGAAAGGCUAUCUAAGGGAGUUCCUCUUGGAUAAGGCCAAGAACCUUCUAAAUAAGGAAGGUCCCGGUCUCCCUAUCGAAGCUGCUCCCGCGUUGCCACCGCAGCAAGAUCGGGUGAUCCAUAUCAUCUCAGGUGGAUCAGAGGUAAGCGGAAUCAGCAGUGCCGCUGCCAAGAGGAGUACCUGCAACGCCAGGAACGGCCAAGAGUCUGAGGGUCCUAAGCGCCUACUCCUCGGAACAGACGAGAUCAGGUUCACUGCAAGGGAACAGGAGAGGGUCCUGGCUCCUCACCACGAUGCUCUUGUCAUUUCACUUACCAUAGCAAACUGCUUGGUCAAGCGAAUACUAGUAGACAAUGAGAGCUCCAGCAACAUAAUCUUCCAUUCGGCUUUCGCCGACCUAGGGUUGGAACCUACAACUCUAACCAGAAAGGCGACUCCCCUUGUAGGCUUCAGUGGAGAAGUCAAGCAAACCCUAGGAGAGGUCCUUCUCCCCGUGUACGCCGAGGGGGUAAACCAAGCCACAAAGUUCCUAGUCGUCGACUGCCCUUCAUCAUACAACGUGAUAUUGGGAAGGCCUUGGAUCCACGACAUGGGAGCCGUACCUUCAACUUUGCAUUAG